AGUAAAGUGAGUUAUGGGAUAAAUGCGAUAGGUAGUCAAUGUGGUUGCUCUUCAAACUCUGAUUUCUUGUAUUGAUUGUUUUUAUAGCACCACGUGUUUGCAAUUCAACUCAUUCUUCAAUUUUUCGCCAUAGACUUCGUUGGUUUUUUGCGCGUUGUGUUUAUAUGCGGAAUAAGUACCAAAAACUUGCAAAUGUCUCACAGAAGAGGAGGAUUUAAGUGACAGUCACCUGUUAAUGUGAUGAGCGUGCAUUACUGUGUGGUGUUGCAGAGGAGAUGACAGUGUAGGUCAAACGGGAAAUGUUACUAUCUGUUUUUUCGACUUUCUUCAUCGUGAUUUUUCUCAUUCUGAGUAAUACUGGAAGAGUAUGUUGUCAAUCAUCCGACACUUGUGAUUGGGUUGGAAGUGGCCUUCUACAAGGCGUCACCAAAGGCGUCCAGCCUCUAUAUUUGCGCUGCACACAAGGCCAUAUCAAGUGGCACUAUCCUAGGGGUGCGCUGAGGGCUCUCCUUAGGCCGCCCUUAUCCAAGUUCCAGGGCUGCGUUCGGAUCGCUGCCAAUUCCACUGGUGCCAGGCUGUACCUGGAGGGCGAGAAAAGACUGUUUCCUCUGUUCAAAGCGGGCGAUGGCAAGCCAGAGGACUUGCACAGGUGCUUCACUUCCAGAAGGGGUCAGGUAGCCCUGUAUGUGGAGGCUGAUCCGCCCCUGGAUAUCCUUAGAAAGGACACUAUAGAGUUCACCUAUGAUUUGGUGUCUCAGAAAAAUCUUGCAGAUGACAUGGAAGAAUGUCAGCCUUGCAGUGACGAAGAAAUUUUAAAGUCUUAUUGCACAAGCGACUUUGUUAUUCAAGGCACUGUUGCAGCUCUGAAUCACAACGAAUCAACUCAAACAUCUGAAUUAACGAUUCGAGCAACCUCCAUUAAAAUAGACGCGCCUCACAAAUCCUGGGCCAACGUGAAAUAUGUCACUCUCCAUAGGCCUCUCAAGUGCGGCACCAAAGCUGGAAUGGGAGAAUUCUUGUUCCUGGGGCGGUGGAGAUUGGGCCAUCCCAUAGUGCACUGCGCGCCUAGGCUGAGUCACUGGAAAGAAAUCCGAAGGAAAUCGAUCGAAGCCAAGACGAAUUUAUGUCAAUUAGAUUGAUUUUUUGGAAGUGCAAACGAUUUCUGGAAAAAUAAAUUGAACUGAACUAAUAAUUACAGGAAAAGAUCAAAAGACUUCUGGUUAUAUUCAUUUCCGUGUGCUUCAGUUUAAAAAAUUCAUUAGCCACUUAGUCCAGCUGAUGACGAUUAAAUGUCGAUUGCUCAGUAAAAAAAAAUCAAAUGCAAAUAUAGAUUCACCAAUCUUUUUGCAUUCAUGUGGAUAAACUUGGAAGCGUAUUCUACCAAUCAGUUCUGUGAUAAAAGCAUCGACAGCAGUGUGAUUAUAUCAUUCAUCGCCUGGAACAUUAAAUCAUUUUUUCUUUCGUUUUUAGUGACUUUUUGUUUUCAUGUUGAAUAAACAUUCUUUUUGUUCAUAAGGGCCAAUGUUAAGUUCUUUUGUUUUAAAAUUGAUAUUAGAUUUCAGUGGAAGAGAAAAUUCCCGAACUGAAGAAGAAUUUACGAUCUAUAAUACGCACAUUUUAUGAAAAACAUCAAAAUUUUUUAUUUAAAUUUGACAUUGGCCCUUCUUGAUUGGAAUAUUAAAGUGCCACAAAGAAUAAUGUGUACAGAUGUUUUUGUAAAUAUAUUUAGGAAACUGUGUGCGAACAUUGAUUGUUUUACCAUGUGUUUUAAAAUAAAAUUUGUAUUUCUUUGAAAAAAAUGUUGGAGUUCUUAUAUAUUUAUAAAAUUUUGUCUGUUAUUUUAUUGUAUUAGAACAUUAAAAAUUAUUUUUUAAUACAUUUAUUCAUUUUAGUAUUCAUAUUUGAAGCUCAGUAAAUAUUGCUGUAUAUCCAUUAUCAAUAUAAAUAAUUGAAAAUGUUCUCUGCUCAUUUUCUUCAUGCCCUAUAUAAAAUUAAAUUGUCCAACUUAACUACCAUUAACAAAAACCAGUAAAAUUUAGUCUAAAAUUUAGGAUUAAAAAUUCGGAAUCUUUUUUAAGAGAAACUUUAAUCAUCAGUUGGAAAAAUAUAAUUACCUUUUAACUCACUAAAAUUUACUUUUAGCUUCUUAAGCUCUUUGUGAAAAAUCUGUCCAUAUUUCUGUAGUAAACAGCAUAUCUUUAAAUGAUAUUUCUUGUCAUGUUCACAGCGGUAUUUUUUUAAUUGAUAUUUAUAAUAUUUGCAACUGCAGUGCUUUCCAAAAAUAUUAUAAACUAGCCACCUUUGACGACCAACUUGUUCAUCCAGAUUGACAUUUUAGGCUGUUAAAUAAUUAAAACAGAAUGCAUUUAUUAAUGUAUACAUAUAUAUUUCUUGUUGAUGUAACUGAAAAACAAAUUCAAUUAAAUCAGUUCACAGCUAAUUAAAAAGUAUAUAUGUUAUGAAAUUAAAGCAGAAGUGAAAUAAAGAAAAGCUAUUAUGGGAUUAAAAGCAUGUAAUUGAUUGUUUUGGUGGAUUAAUUUCGAUUCCAUUAUAAUAUUCCAUUCAAGACAUUAAUUAGUGAACAUCAAUUUCCAUAGCUAAAUCUUAGCAACCUCCAACUGAAUGGACAUCAUGUGACACAGCAAUACUUCUCUACAGCAUAAGUAAUAAUAUUUUGACACUCUAUUAAUUAACUAAGGAAAACUUUCAAUUUGACACAGCUGUGAAAACAUUCCAUAAAGCAGUCCGAAAUUCAUAGGCUAUUAUUAUUUGACAGCUGUUAUUUUUGUUUAUUCUUAGUCAUAAUUAUUUUUCAAAAAAAUUGAGUGCUAGAGCUCAUUUUAGAAUAUAAUGUUGGUUUCUUUAUAUGAAGUUAAAAAAAUCAUUUUUAAAGCUACUAAUUUCUGAAAUUUUAAGAAAAUAUUUUCUUUUCGGAUUUUUUAUUAAAAAUAUUAGUAGUUAUUCUUAAUAUUAGCAAUAUUCUCUGUUUAAUACUUUCUAGGCUAAAAUGAAUAUAGUUUUAUGA